AUGUGUGGAGGUGCUAUAAUCUCCGAUUUCAUUCCGCCGCCGAGGUCCCGCCGCGUCACGAGCGAGUUUCUGUGGCCGGAUCUGAAAAACAAGGGGAAAGCUUCGAAGAAGAUAUGGAAGAAGCGACCCGAUUUCUUCGAUCUGGACGAUGAAUUCGAAGCUGAUUUCCAAGGGUUUAAGGAGGACGACUCAUCAUUUGACUGCGAAGACGAUAUCGAUGUCUUCGCCAACGUGAAGCCCUUCGUCUUCACCGCAGCUACCAACCCCAUAGCUUCCCCUGCCGCCGGCUUCGCCUCCACUGGUUCAGUUUCUGGUAAGAAAACGGUAGAGUCUAAUGGGGAAGCUGCUAAAAGGAAGAGGAAGAAUCAGUACAGAGGGAUUAGGCAGCGACCUUGGGGCAAAUGGGCUGCUGAGAUCCGUGAUCCGAGAAAAGGCUCCCGAGAAUGGCUUGGAACGUUCGACACCGCCGAGGAAGCAGCGAGAGCUUACGAUGCAGCUGCACGCAGAAUCCGUGGCAGUAAAGCUAAGGUGAAUUUCCCAGAGGAGAAGAGCCCUAGCGUCGUCUCCAAGAAACGCCCUACCGCUAAGACCAGUAACCUUCAGAAGCCAGUGGCUCCAACUUUUGUUCAGCCGCCGCAACCAACACAUGUGAGUUUCAACUCCUUGGACAACAUUGGACAUGACUCCUUUGGUGAUAUGAGUUUCAUGACGGAAGAGAAGCCUCAGAUGUACAACAAUCAGUUUGGAGGCAACAAUGGAUACCAGUAUUUCAGUUCCGAUCAGGGUAGUAACUCGUUCGACUGCUCUGAGUUUGGGUGGAGCGAUCACGGCCCUAAAACACCAGAGAUCUCUUCAAUGCUAGUAAACAGUAACCAAGCACCGUUCAUCGAAGAGACCAAUGCAGCCAAGAAGCUCAAACCCAACUCCGAGGAUGAUGAUCUGAUGGCAUACCUUGACAACCCCUUGUGGGACUCUCCAUUGGAAGUGGAAGCUAUGCUCGGUGCAGAUACUCAGGAAGAGGAAAAUCCAAUGGACCUAUGGAGUUUAGAUGAGAUCAAUUCCAUGCUGGAAGGAGUCUUCUGA